CCACCCACCACCACUCACCACCAUCACCCACCACCACCACCAUCACCACCCACCACCACCACCACCCGGGCGCUUAGGGGUGCUACCGCAGGGGUCUCCUGACCAGCCCCUGCGCCGACCACGGCGCGGGGCUGCGAUGCGCGAGUCGCCGCGGAUCCCCGCGUGAGUGCGCGGCUCUCCUCAGUGGCCCGCUCGAGACGAGAGGCGGUGGUGGCACCAUGGAGUGGCUGUGGGCCCACGUCACAGCCACGUUGGGGUCGCUGCGCCGCUUCUGCCGCAAGUGCAGCGAAGUCUGCGGCCUCGGCUCGGCCGAGCGGCCGCCGCUCGCCGCCGGCGGCGCCACGGAGUGCUCCUCCGUGGCGUCCACCCCGGGGGACGACUACCUCCUGCGCAAGCUGCCCACGGGGGGCCAGCCCGUGCAGUUCGCGCUGCCCCGCCUGAUGCCCAGCUUCGUGCAGCCAAAGGCCCUGGAGACCGCCGGCGGCGAGGAUGAAGCGAGCAAAGCCUUCUCGAGAGAACUCUUCACGCAGAGGAAGACGAGCCUCAGCGCCGGCGAGCGAAGCGCCGCCGGCUCCCCCGAACGGCGCCCGAUCGGCGCGGGUGGCGGCUCCCCGCUCGCCGGCUCCGCCGACGCCGUCCCCCCGCGCCACUACCCCGAGCCAGUGCCCAACGGGGGACACGUGCCGGUGACGCGCGCCCACACGCUCGACUCGUCGCGCUCCACCAGCCCCUUCACUCUCUACGGCUCCGAGUGGGACCUGAGGAGCGCCAGCCUCGGACGCCUGCACGGCCACGUGGACUCGGAGGUGAGCAACACCGCUGGGGCGCACCACGUGACACCUGGGGGCAGCUCGGUCUACUCCUCUCUCUCCAGCAUCCCGAGCAGCAUCUCGGCCUGCAGCGACCACUACAGCAACUCAGACAGCCCAUCCUUGGAUGAAACCGAAGGAGGCCAUCUCAAUGUGCGCAUCCGGUACGAGCCGAGCAUGCAGCAGCUGUGGGUCACCAUCGUGAAGGCCGUGGACCUGGAGGCCCAGACGAGGUCGGGAGACGGGCCGAGCGCGUACGUGAAGGGGGUCCUGAACGCCGACAAGACGUGGCCGCUCAAGACCACGACGCAGCGGCACACCUGCGCGCCCGAGUUCAACGAGACGUUCGUCUUUGUGGUGGCGGAGCUCGCGAUGGCGACGGCGAACCUGCAGCUCUCCGUGCUCAGCCGCUGGCCGCACCGCGCCGUGCUGGGCGGGACGACGCUCGCGCUCGAACAGGCCGGCCCGCAGGAGCAGGACCUGUGGCUCCCGUUGAGCGAGCAGGAGCUGGGACAGUACGAGCGAGGGCAGCUGUUUGUGGCCACGUCCCUCAAGCUGUCCACCAUGGUCAUCACCAUCCAGGUGAUCGAGGCGCGCAAGCUGAAGAGAUCCACGGGAGCCCACCCAGCCAACGCCUUCGUGAAGGCCGACUUGUGGGUGUCUGCGGAGCGCACGGAGCGGCGGCGCACGCGCGUGGCUCGCGCCUCCCAGGGCGACGCCAGCUGGGUGGAGACCCUCGCCUUCCCGGCCACCAACCGCGAGAACAAGUUCCUGGGCGUGUCCGUGGCGGUGCGCGUGUGCCAUCGCGACUCGCUGCGCCGCACACACGUCCUGGGACAGGUCAUGCUGGGCUGGGAGGGCGAGGGCUCGGCACAGGAGCACUGGAGGCAGACGCUGACGAACCCUGACAAGGUCAUCGCCAUGUGGCACCAACUCAAGUGACCCCAGGGCAGCGGCGCCACUCACCCAGCCUCGCUCAACGCUGCCUCACUCGCUCCCUCCACUCGCUCUCUCCACUCGCUCCUAUCGCUCCCCCCACUCGCUCUCUCCUUCCACUC